GUUCGACAUUGUUAAUUCUCGGGUUUGUGUGCAUUGAUAGUAUUAUGGGAUCAUAGUUAAAUCGAAGUACAACCGGAAAUUCUAAUUAAAAUCUUACUUUUUUAAUUAAAAACAAAAAACGAUACCAAAGCAAAUAUAAGUGGAAUUAUUCACCAUCACCAUUCACCACCAUUCAAUUCGAAAUUUCAUGAUGGUGAAAUGGUGAAUUUUUUGUUCGGCGCAAUAUCACCACCUUCGCAAUGUAAAAUUAUUUCUAAGAAAUUUUAAUUAAAGUUUCAUCACCAAUUGUGACAAUCAAUUUGUGAAUUGUGUUUUCAAAUUUAAUGUAAAAUGUUCGAAAUGUUGUGGAGAAGUGAUAUAUCUCUCCAAUCAUUUAAAAUAAAGUAAAAUCGAAUGUAAAUAUCCGCGUUCCCUAACAAUGGCGGAAAAUAUUCGACAAUUCGAUGACAGUGAAAAUCAACUAAAUGAUAACAAAACAACUAAUUUGUCUUGUGAAAAUAACAAUGUGGACUGUCUCAGCACGGAUGUGAUAUUGGACAGUAUAAAUGUUGAAGAAAAUAUUGAAAUUCAAGAAGAAAUUGUGUUAACCCAUGCAGAGGAAGAGGUCAAAUUUCAGCAAGAGACGAAACAAGGUGAUCAAUGUGAGGAAAAUCACGUAGUCAUUGUGGAAACGUGCAGAAACGAUGAAUCAAAAGAAUUGAAUCAUAAUUUCGAUCCUGUAAAGGGUCAUCCGAAAGAUGAGAGCACACGGAGUCACAAGAAGAAGAAGCGUGACCGAGAUCGAGACAGAAAUCGAGGAGAUCGAGACAAAGACAAGGAUCGAAAACGUCGUCAUCAUUCUACCACCACCACCACCACCACCACCGACAGUAAUCAUCACAAAUCAUCUCACAGCAACAGUAAAUCAGAAAAUGUAAUCAAAGAGCCAACAUCCACAUCAAAAUCCGAAAUACCGUACCAUCGUCCCAGUACCGAUAAAAAAUCAAUUAAAAUUGAAAGUGCCUCAACACCGAAUACAACUUCAGACAAUUGCAAAUCAAAUAGCCUACCACAUCUGGUCACACUGACCGAACUGUCCAAUCAAAUUAAGAAAGAGCAGGACAAUGAGACGGAACAUCGAAAAAUGUUUAUAACACCGGUUGAAACGACACUGGAAAGAAAGCCCGAUGCGAAUGUGUUCGUUAAAAAGGAGUAUGUGCAUCACGCAACGAAGUUGGAGGGUGAAAAGACUCGAGACGAUGUUACGAGAAAUUUACACUUUGGUGACGCUGAUGUGGUUGAGAAGAGUACAAAUUUGGAUGGGAGAACAGUUGUCAAGAGUGAACCAGGCCUCGAAAACAAGGAAAACGCAAACAAAAUGGACUUCAAAGUCAAUCACAUGGACAAAGUUGGAGCAGACGUUAAGGUCAAGCCCGAAAAUAAAAUGUCCAACCGAAAGCCAGACAAAUCAUCUGGACAUGUUCAUGGGAGCAGUAAGGAUCAUCACAAAGAAUCAAAAUCUUCAUCGACGUCAUCAUCAAGACGUAGCAGCAGCAGCAGUAACCGAGAGUGCUCAAAAUGCUACAAACGAUCAAAAAUUAAGAAAGUUAACACCGGAGUGCAAUGCAGACGAUACGAUCCACCCAUUGUUCCCGCAGCCACACCGAAAAAGAAUUUCGGAUCAAACAGUCGCGAUGCGAACUGUAAACGAGACGGACUGCGUGGAUACAAAUACGGCCAAUACUUUCACGUUGAAGUUCAUUCGAAUGGCGGAGCUGCUAUUGUGCACAUGUAUCAGAGUGAGAUCGACGCUUUAUCAAAAGAUCAAAUGGAUGAAUUGGUGGAGGAGUUUUUCCAAUUGACUUUCUCCGAGGAUGACGACGGUAACGCUUUCCAUGUAAUGGGAAUCGUGCACGAUGCGGCCGCAUAUUUGCCUGAUUUGCUGGAACACAUGGCUGAGAACUACUCGACAUUGACCGUCAAGGCUGGUGUUAUGGGUAGAAAUUCAGACAUUGAAACGUUAACGAUGAAUCAGUACAAUGAACAGGUUGUGAAGAACUAUUCACAUGGAACAUUUCGCUACGGACCGCUUCAUCAAAUCAGUUUGGUCGGCAAGGUGCACGAAGAAGUAGGAGGCUAUUUUCCCGAUCUCUUAGGAAGAUUGGAAGAGAAUCCGUUUCUGAAAAAGACUAUGCCUUGGGGACAGAUGUCAAUCGUUCAAAUGGAUCCAAGACUUUCGAACGACGGUCCAAUUUUGUGGGUGCGACCGGGUGAACAAUUAGUUCCAACCGCUGAGAUUACAAAAACUCCAAUGAAACGACAAAGAACGCGUAUCAAUGAGUUACGGAAUCUACAGUACUUACCACGACUGUCUGAGGCACGCGAAACUAUGUUCGAAGAUCGGACAAAGGCGCACGCUGAUCAUGUUGGCCAUGGACACGAAAGAAUGACUACGGCUGCUGUUGGUAUUCUGAAAGCUGUACAGUGUGGCAAGUCCGAUCUGCAGAACAGAGUUACUAAAGACGUUGUUGCUUUUCAUGCGAGUGACUUCUUGCAUUUGGUGGAGAAACUUCAACUGGAUCUCCAUGAGCCACCGAUAUCGCAAUGUGUUCAAUGGAUCGAAGAUGCGAAAUUAAAUCAGCUACGACGCGAAGGCAUCAAAUACGCAAGAAUACAACUCUUUGACAAUGAUAUCUACUUCCUGCCUAGGAACAUCAUUCAUCAGUUCCGUACUGUGACUGCUGUUACGAGUAUUGCUUGGCACUUGCGACUACGUCAAUAUUACGCUGGUCAAGAAGUGAUCAAUGAACAGACCGAUCCCAAUUUGGCAGAAACGCCGCAUUACAAAGAAAAGCAAACGAUCCUACCGAAUCCGAUUACCAUCGAUCACAUUACCGGCGAAAAGAAGCUUACUACUCCAGUGAAACGAUCUCACGAUGGUCGACCGAAGAAACCAUCGAAAUUUCCAGAUUCACCGAUUACCAAUGAUCACCAUUCCGAUAGAAUUUUGCUCGCCGACAAAAAAUCGGACGACGCAAAAAUUGACAUGCGAAAAUUGAUUGUCGAACCGAAACAUCGUAAACGAAGUACGAGCAGCGGCGGUGGCCACAAAAUUCAUUCCUCUUCAUCAACAAGUUCACACUCUUGCAGUAAAGAGAAACAUCGCGGAAGCGGCGAUCACCAUCGUAGUUCAUCCAAUAAAUCGUCAAAACAUCGCGACGAACACCGCAAGUCUUCGUCAAAUCAUUCCUCUUCAUCGAGCAAAUCAAAGCAAAAUCCAUCCGAUGUACGGCAUAGCCAAGACCUAACGUCCACGUCAACGACAACACAAUCAAUCGUUUCUGUACCUGCCGAGUCCAUAAUCAUUGAGCAUCCAAUGGAAUUGAAUGCAGAGAAUCACGUACCUCCCAACUACAAUGACCACUUGAAAGCAAUCAUUUGUCCACCGGAACCGAGCACUGAGCAAAUAAUUGAAAUCGAAACCGUCACGUCGCCACCGCAACUGAUGGACAUGAUGUCCAUGGACAACAUUAUCGAAGUUAGCUCAACCGUUGAGCCGGAACUGGUCGAAUCGAUUGUCACCGACGAGACGAGCGUUGUGUCCUUUAAUUUGUUCCCAACCCAACCAGAAUAUCAAACAACGAUGAUGACUGCGACGCCCACACAGUCGCUCACGCCGGUUACACCAAAGAUCAAGAAAAGCAUAUUGAAAACGCCAACGUCGGCUACAAAACCGCAACCAGAUUUGUUGAGUUCAAUUUUAGCUGGCAUGGACAAUACACCGAAUCGUAACAGUUCAUCAUCUGGCCCAUCAAGUUUUUAGAUGAAAAGCAAUACCAAUUUUCAGUUUUGUUUUAAAGAUCGAUGUGCGAGCCAGUUUUUUUGUGACUUAAAUUUUUCGUUUUGUGCUAGCUCGUAACAUGCUGGUAAUGCUGGUAAUGUUCUCAGUGAAUUGAAAGUGAAAAUUGACAGCAAAAUAUGCUCAAUGGUGAAAACAUUUUGAAAAUAUUGAAUUUAUGUGAAGGAGGAACGGCCACUGCUGAAAACUUUUUUUUAUUUUCGUAAGUUCGAAAAGUUAAAAUAAUUUUCUGUUUCAACGAGUACGAGAACAUUUCUGUAAAAGUUAUAUAAAGUCUAUAGAAUUAGAUAAGUAAGUAACUUGA